AUGCAGAAAACUGAGACUAAGAACAGCAACAGUUCAGGUCAAUUGUUGCGUGACAUUGAGGAAAUAAGCAAAGCCCUCUACUUGCACAAAGCUCCACCCAAGGCCUUUUUGCCUCCUUACGAUUCACGAUCCAAGUCCGCUGAGAAGCCCCGGUUUUCGGACUCAAACCCGUCAUUUCUCAGGGAAGAUCUGUUGCGCAAGGACAAGAAGUCAUCUUCAAUAUGGAGCUGGAAGAAGCCCUUGAAGGCUCUCAGUCACAUCGGGAAUCGGAAAUUUACAUGCUGUUUUUAUCUCCAUGUUCAUUCAGUUGAGGGAUUGCCUGCGAGUUUUAAUGAUCUCAGUGUGCGUGUGCAUUGGAAGAGGAAGGAUGAGGUGCUCCAGACGAGCUCCUCGAGGGUGGAGGAGGGCGUGGCGGAGUUUGAUGAGAGUUUGAUGCAUAGGUGUAGUGUGUAUGGGAGUAGGAAUGGCCCGAAUCAUUCGGUUAAGUAUGAGGAGAAGCUUUGUUUGAUCUACAUUUCGGUGAAUGGGGCGCCGGGGAUUGAUUUUGGGAAGCAUUGGGUUGAUCUGACGAGGGUGUUGCCGCUUACGUUUGAGGAGUUGGAGGGGGAGAAGAGUUCUGGGAAAUGGUCGACUAGCUUUAACCUUUCGGGGAAGGCUAAAGGCGGUUGCCUUAAUGUUAGUUUGGGGUUUUUAGUGAUGCAGGAUAAGGUUGCUAAUUUGAGUGGUUAUCCUAAUGUUCCACAGGUUAUAAGCACUGUGCCGAAGAGGUCAAGUAGCUUGGAUGCUGGUGCUAGGCAGCUUCAAAGAGUUGGUAGCGUGCCAAGUAAUGUGAACCGCAGGCCUCGUUUUGCAUCUCAGACUGUUGAUUUCAAGGCUCCUCAGGAAGUUAUGCUGACAGGAGGAUUGGAGCUUUCCAAGUCUAUUAAUUUCUUAUGUCAGAGACUUGACGAGGGGAAGUUGUCUAGAGUAAUGGAGUCGGAUUCUGAAUAUUUGCUCCCACUCAAACCUCAGUCAGAGUUGGACAGUUUAUCUGCUAAGGGAAUCGAAGAGGAUGAGGAUGAUGAUGAUGUUGAGUUUACCAUUGUUGAAGUUGGGACAGAAAUACCUGAGAUGGAACAGUUGAACUCUGAUCGAGUUUUUGGCAAUGGUAAUGAUGAGUUUGCAAUUGAGAAUACCUAUGUGGAUGAUGUCAUUAAGGAUUGUGACAUAGUCCUUGAUGAGAAGACUAUGAUUGUUCCAAAGGAUGUCUGUGGUGAUUAUGUGGAUGACAUAAAACAUGAAGAAGAUAGCGUAUGCACCAAAGGAUCAAACAUGAAAGAGGUCGAGUCAGCUUGUCAUAUUCAGUUGGUUUCAGAAUCAGCAGAGUUGAAUCAUUCAUUUGCUCCAGAAGAGUGUCUUGAGGAGUUAAGCCAUAUGGAGCUUAAGUCCACUUACAUGGCAAGUAAAACAGGUAAAAAAUCACUUAGCUUGGAUGAUGUUACCGAAUCUGUAUCAAAUGAGUUCUUAAACAUGCUGGGGAUGGAUGGUUGCAUGGGUUCUGAUAGUGAUCCAGAGUCUCCUAGAGAACUUCUUUUGAGAGAGUUUGAAGAAGAGGCCAUGACUUCUGGAGAUCUAUUUUUAAAUUUUGAUUGGAAUGAAGAGCAGCCAGAAAUUGGAUCCUCUGUAUCACCGGUUUCUUACUAUGAAGAUUAUCUAGGAAAUCCUGAUUUGUCUAUGAUUAUUCAAGCUGCUGAAGAGGAGAACCAGAGAGAAAGUGAGUUGUUAAAGAGAAGGAAGGCCAAGAUUCUUGAAGGCUUGGAGACUGAAGCUUUGUUGCGAGAAUGGGGCUUAAAUGAAAAGGACUUUCAGAAUUCUCCUUGUACCCUUUCUGGUGGAUUUGGUAGUCCAAUUGAUCUACCCCGUCAAGAGCCACUGUUACCAGCACUUGAAGUAGGCUUUGGUCCUUAUGUUCGGAUGAAAGGUGGAGGCCUUUUGCGGUCUAUGAAUCCUUCACUUUUCAGAAAUUCUAAAAAUGGCGGGACCUUGGUCAUUCAAGUUUCUAAUCCAGUAGUAAUUCCGGCAAAAAUGGGUUAUGAUGUGGUGGAGAUAUUGCAGCAUCUGGCACUGGUUGGAAUUGAUAAGUUGCACAUGCAGGUGAAUAAGCUAAUGCCUUUGGAAAAUAUAACCGGCAAGACAAUACUUCAAGUAGCAUGGGAGGUAGAACCAACCACAGUGGUCUCUGACAGGUUUGAGCAGAUUUUGUCUGGGGAGAGCAAGGAUGACGGGUUUCUAUCUAGGUGGAACUGUGAUGACCUGAGAUCAGAACUAGUAGGUGGUGAGGUGGGAUCAGACUUUGUAUCUCUAGAAUGUCUUGUUCCUCUGGCUAUCAAUAAGAUUGAAGCCCUCUUACUUGAAGGUUUAAGAAUACAGUCUCACAUGUCUGAUUCAGAGGCACCAUCAAGCAUAUAUCCUCGGUCUGGUGGUAGGAUUACAUCCUCACAUGCAAAUUGUGGUGAAACUCUCAGGUCAGAAAUUGGAGGAGGGUUGCAAAUGUCGGAUGAUGACGUUGAUGAAUUAAUGGAUCUGUCUUUAUCAUUGGAAGAGUGGUUGAGGCUAGAUGCUAAACUCAUUGCUGAUGAAAAUCAAAGCAGAGAACAAUUAUUGAAAAUCAUUGCUGCUCAUGAUGCCACAUACACAGAUUUGGUUGGUGGAAGCUUGACUGAAGAUAGGAGCUGCAGUGAUUUAUCUGGUAGGAAUUGUGGAUUCUUGGGGAAUAGUCUCACAAUUGCUGUCAUGGUGCAGCUGAGAGAUCCCUUUCGAAACUAUGAGCCAGUUGGUCUGCCAAUGCUUGCUCUGAUCCAAGUGGAGAGAGAUUUAACCCAUUCAAUUCGGAAGAUUCCUAGCAUGGUGUUAAAUGAUAACAAGGAAAAAGAACAUGAUGAGAUCAUCUUAGAGGAGAUUCAUGAUAAGGAAACAGAGAGAAAUGAAGGAGAUGAAGAAGGCAAUCCCCAGUUUAAAAUUAUCGAUGUCCAUCUUGCAGGAGUGGACACUGAGUCAGGCAACGAGCAGCUUUGGGGUACCACAACACAACUGCAAUCUGGGUCCCGAUGGUUGCUUGCUGCUGGUCUGGGUAAGACCAUUAGUUUUCCACUUUCGAACUCAAAAGCUCUCAUAAGAUGGUCGCCAUUGGUUUCAGCCAAGCUGCAGCAUAGGGAUAGCUUCUGGAGCAUCACCUCUACUUCUCAUGUUCAGGAUAUGAGAGCUGCCUGGAAAGACUUGAUUGCCCCACAUAUUCGAAAUCCUAAUGUCAUAUUUUCGAGUGAAACCAUCAAGUCACACUGAACAUGUACAGUUAGCUUGUUAUUUCCUAGUAUAUAUAACGCAUGAUGCAUUUUUUAAUAGUGAAUUUAGAGGCCAUGUUCAUUAUUUCUUUUCCAAUUCAUGUCACCCGAGCUAGUCGAUCAUGUAGCAGAUUCUGGCUACAGGUUUUUGUAUUACCAAACUCAUCGACGUGCUUCGAUUUGAACCUAAGCAAUCUCAGUUCCCUGUUGGACAAGGAUUUUAUAAUUUUUCAUCUUUU